AUGUGCUACGUGGACGACCUGGUCAUAGCAACACCCACCUUGGCUGAUCACAUCGACAGACUCGACGAGGUUUUCCACUGCAUGAAUAGAGCCGGCUUGAAGUGCAAACCAUCGAAAUUUGAGAACCUUAGGGACUCAAUCAAACACCUAGGAAGGAUGGUAGACAAGCAUGGCGUGAAGCCGGAUCCGGAUGCGGUGGAGGACGUGAUGGAAGGCCCCCAGAACGGACCCACAGCUCAUGAGUUUCCUGGGAUUGCCCAUUUUUAUCACGAGUUCAUAAAUAGAAACGCAGAUAAGGUGUACCCAAUGCAGCAACUGAUGUGCAACAAAAGAUAA